AACGCCAUCUAGCAGAAGAACAAGAAGCCGACGGUGCGAAAAACGUCACUUCCGUUUGUAGCUUGAAUGGCGCAGAUUCAAUAGCAACCAAAAUAUCCAGAAUGUCCAAAAGGAAAGUCACAUUUCAAGAUGGUGAAGAGGAAUUUAGUUUGGAUGACGAGGUUCCGAAAAAGAAGAUGUACGAUGAGGUGAGUGGACCCGGCUCGAGGUUUAAGGAGAAACACUCUCUGGACAGCGAUGAAGAAGAUGAGGGAGAGGAUGGCGAAAAGGACAGCAAAUACAACAUCCUGGCCAGUGAUGAUAUCGAAGGUCAGGAAAUGGCCACGAUCGACUGUGAUGAAGGUGUUCCCAUCACUCCCUUUAACCUGAAAGAGGAAAUGGAGGAGGGUCACUUCGACUCGGAGGGAAACUACUUCAUCAAGAAAGAGAAAGACAUCAGAGACAACUGGCUGGACAACAUCGACUGGGUAAAAAUCAAAGAGCAGCCUGUGAAAAAGAAAAAGAAGGGACUCUCCGCUAAGCGUCAUCGCCGAGUCGGAGAUGAGGACGAGGCCGAGGAGGAGAGACAGCGGGAGGAGAAACAGGACGAGGCCGAGGAAGACGCCGAGGAAGAGGAGGAGAGCGAGGCUCCGGAGGACCCGCUGGCUUCGUACACGCCACCCCAGCUCACAGAGGCCGUGGUGAAUCUACUGCAGCCUGGAGAGACCGUCUCUGCUGCACUCCGCCGACUGGGAGGACUGGGAGGACGGAAGAAAAGGGGCCGAGUGCAGGACGGAGGCGAGCAGGAGAAAGACGAGACGUCCAUCAGAGACACGGAGAAACUGGACAGGCUCACGGCGCUGGCCGACAGACUGGUGGUGCUCGGGGUAUACGAGAUUUAUCAGCAGACGUAUGAAAAACUGGCAUACAGACUGAAAGGGAUGCAGAGGAGAGACACGGCUGCCAAAGAGGACAAAGGAGAAGAGGAGGAGGAAGACGACGAGCUGGACAUGUUCGGCGAUCAGUUCGACGAGCAGCACGGCCAGAGGAAAGAGGAGAAGAAGCAGAAAAAGGACGAGGAAGCCGAUAGCUGCUUAGUGAGUGACGAGGUGAUGUGGGAGUACAAAUGGGACAAUCAGGAGAACUCCGAGCUCUACGGACCCUUCAGCAGCCAGCAGAUGCAGGACUGGGUUGACCAGGGCUACUUUAAAGACGGCGUGUACUGCAGACGGGUCGACCAGGAAGGAGCGCAGUUCUACAACUCCAAAAGACUGGACUUCGAUCUUUAUACGUGACUCGCCCACAUGCUCCAUUAUUUCAUUUUCAACACUUGCUUUCCUUUGCCUUUUUAAUGUGAGAUAUGUGUUCCUCUGAAUCCUGAUAUCCACAUGUGUUAAAGAGCCGGAGUAAAUGUUUGCUAUCAUCGCCGUUUGAUACCAUGUACAUUUAUUUUAAAAUAAAGAUUUUGGUGAAUGGCCAGA